AUGAAGAGAAACCUAAAUGAAAAUUCAACUCGAAGUACAGCAGGCUGUUUGCCUGUACCAUUGUUCAAUCAGAAAAAGAGGAAUAGACAGCCAUUAACAUCCAAUCCAUGUAAAAAUGAUCCAGGUAUCAGUAAUGCUUCUGACAGUUAUGAUUUCCCUCCUCUACCAUCAGAUUGGGCCUGGGAAGCUGUGAAUCCGGAGUUGCCUCCUUUAACAAAAACAGUGAAUACGGGGCAAAUACCGCAUUCAGUUUCUAAUCCUCUGAGAAGUCAAGAUUCUGUAUCUAAAUCUAUUCAAUCAAAUGCUGAGAGCAGCAAGAGUGAUUGGAGCUACAGAGAUGGCAACAAAAAUACCAGUUUAAAAACUUGGGAUAAAAAUGAUUUUAAGCCUCAGUGCAGAAGAAGAAAUCUGAUGACAAAUAAUGGAAUAAAUUCAGGUCCAAUUAAUUUGGGAGCUCAACAGCAGAAACAAUUAAGAGUAUCUGAAUCUACUAACUUACCUAACCAAAGAGAAAGUGAAGCACUCAGACAAACAAAGUCAUCAGAAAUACCUGGCUCCACAAUGAGAAGUCUAGACAAAAACAGCACACUGCAGGCAUUUAAGCCCAAUUUUCAACAAAAUCAAUUUAAGAAAAAAAUGUCGGAUGGUUUUCAAGAAGUAAACACCCUCAAGAAGGAAGCCUCAUCAUAUCAGUUAAAGCUUAGGGAAAAAGAUAAUUCUUUCAGAAUUAUAUCUGCAGUUAUUGAAAGCAUGAAGUAUUGGCGUGAACAUGCACAGAAAACUGUACUUCUUUUUGAAAUAUUAGCUGUUCUCGAUUCAGCUGUUAGACCUGGCCCAUACUGUUCAAAGACUUUUCUUAUGAGAGAUGGGAAACAUACUCUGCCAUGUGUAUUUUAUGAAAUAGAUCGUGAACUUCCCAGACUGAUUAGAGGCCGAGUUCACAGAUGUGUUGGAAACUACGACCAGAAAAAGAAUAUUUUUAAAUGUGUUUCUGUGAGACCGGCAUCUGCCUCUGAACAAAAAACUUUCCAAGCAUUUGUUAAAAUUGUAGAUGCUGAAAUGAGAUAUUAUACUAGUAUAAUGAAUGAAGUUUAA